GAGGUCGGUCCGGCCAUGGCGCGGGUUGGACCCGGGAGGGCGGGGGUCUCUUGCCGGGGCCGGGGCCGGGGCCGGGGACGGGGCGGGAGCGGUCAGCGGCGACCUCCAACCUGGGAGAUCUCAGACUCCGACGCUGAGGGCUCCGCCGGCUCGGAGGCCGCCACGAGAGCCCGGGACCCAGCGGGUGAGCGCAGGGCGGCUGCCGAGGCGUUGCGGCUGCUGCGGCCGGAGCAGGUCCUGAAGCGCCUCGCGGUGUGCGUGGACCCAGCCAUCCUGGAAGACGCCGGUGCCGACGUCCUGAUGGAGGCCCUGGAGGCCGUGGGCUGCGAGUGCCGCAUCGAGCCCCAGCGCCCGGCCCGCAGCCUGCGGUGGACCCGAGCGAGUCCCGACCCCUGCCCCCGCAGCCUGCCUCCUGAAGUGUGGGCUGCAGGUGAACAGGAAUUGCUGCUGCUGCUGGAGCCCGAGGAGUUUCUGCAGGGCGUCGCCACACUGACCCAGAUCUCUGGCCCAACCCGCUGGGUGCCCUGGAUCUCCCCCGAGACCACCGCCCGGCCCCACCUGGCUGUCAUCGGGCUGGAUGCCUACCUGUGGUACCGCUCACUCUCAUGCCCACAGCAGGGCUGGCUGGGACGGGGGUUCAGGGGAGGUGGGCACACUUCUGGGGUUGCUGUGGCACAGCUGAUCCCACUUCCCCAGGUGAGCUCUGACAGAGGCCAAGCUUGGGCAGGGCAGGCCCCAUGGGGAGCGGGGAGGAACGGUCACCUCUGCUCAGGUCUCGCCAGCACGUUUCCCGGAGGACACAGCAGCCAGAGAGCCCGAAGGUGGCCGGUGCCGAGGUGGCCGUCGGCUGGCCGGAGGUGGAAGAGGCAGUACCGGGAAUCGCAGGCCUUUUCCUUCUGCACAGCAGGGCACUGGGCAGCCGGCGAGCCAGUGGCAAGAGACGGCACAGGGCUGCAGGCAGCCUGGCGGAGGCAGAUCAGGCAGUUCAGUCGGGUCAGCCCAGCCGUGGCUGAUGCAGUUGUCACAGCCUUCCCCUCCCCCCGCCUUCUGCAGCAGGCGCUCGAGGCCUGCAGCACGGAGCGGGAGCGCAUGGGCCUCCUGGCCGACCUUCCUGUGCUGCCCCGUGAAGGCGGGAGUCCCCGCAGGGUGGGGCCUGACCUGUCCCGCCGCAUCUGCCUCUUCCUGACCACAGCCAACCCUGAUCUCCUGCUAGACCUGGGCUCCUGACCGCACGUGGGACCGCCAGGACAGCAUGCAGCCUUGGGGACAGACCACACACCCUGGGUGGUGGGGGAGGACCCUCAGCCUGGCGGCAGUCCUUGCCCCGGUGGGCCGCGUGCAGGCUGCUACAGGAGGAGGCCUCACCCUGCCCAGCACAGUCACAGAAGGACUCGCCGGUCACGGGCACCGCACUGGGGAUGGAUGGCG